AUGGGGCUGCGAAGCCUUACCGGAAAACUGAGUAUUGUAACUGGGGCCGCUCGUGGCAUAGGGAGUGCAGUCGCAGAAAAUCUUGCCAGCAAAGGAAGCUCUAUAGUAUUAGGAUACAGGAGCACCUCCUCUGAUCGGGUUGCACAGACACUAUGUCGGAAGCUCGAGGCUCAGUAUGAUGUGAAAGCGAUACCAGCGCGUGCAGACAUCGGGACAGAAGCUGGUUGUGCGACGGUCAUCAAGCUGGCCAAUCUAAAUUUCGGAAACAGCAAAACCGGAGAUCUUCGAAUAGAUAUAUUGAUCAACAAUGCAGGAAUUGCGAGGAUGAAAGGCAUAGGGGACAUUACACGAGAAGAGUUCGCGGAAGUCUAUCAGACGAACGUCCUUGGUCCCAUUCACAUGGUUCAGGCCUGUCUUCCGCACCUACCAUGGGACAGAUCUGGUCGAAUUGUCAAUGUCUCUAGCGUAGGUAGCACAUUAGGAUUACCCGAGCAGACUCUCUAUGCAGGAUCAAAGGGUGCAUUGGAAGCAAUGACGAGAGUUUGGGCACGUGAGCUUAGCAAAAGAGCCACUGUGAAUGUGAUAAAUCCAGGACCGGUGGUAUCCGAUAUCUAUCAUGGUAUUCCGGAAUACAUACGAGAGGAUUUGGGAAAGUGGAAUCGCAUUGCACCUCUCGCCCAGGAUUUUACGGCACAGGAGCUGGAGGAGCAACCGUGGAUCAAGUAUGGUGGAAGGCCGGCGUAUCCCUCAGAAGUCGCUGGCGUAGUAGCGAUGUUAUGUAGUGAAGAUGCCGGAUGGACAACAGGCAGUCUCAUAAGUGCCAAUGGUGGUAUGCGCAUGUCAGUAUAG